CUGAUGUUAACUUUAUUUUUUGUAUACAAAAGUUCCAAACAUUGCAAAUAAAAUGCAAGACUUUCUGUUGAAUACGGAUAAUAAGGAAAUUCUUAUUGAAAUAUUACACCAUUCCAUUGAUUACUUGAUUGGAAAUCGUCGUGAUGACAAACACACAUUGCGUUUAUGUCACAAGUUUGGCUUCCACAGCCCGGAUGAUUUUAUGCUAACAACACGUACAAUUGCGCGAUGCUAUCAUAAUUGCUGUCUCGAAAACUCAACUGAGGCAGAAUUGCUUUCUGAAUUUGCAAAUCUUAGUCCCGAACUGCAACGGUUAGUGCCAGCAGUGUUGGCAGCAAGACGCCCUGAAAUUAUCAAUUACCUUAUAAGGCACCAAAACGCUAAGGAGCAUCCCUUAGUAGAAUCCUUUGAUUGGGAUCUUCGGUACAUAUUGGGCGACAGCAGUUAUGCAUAUAAUCAACGUCAAAUUGUAACUGUGACAUUUAACAAUCGCAAUUCAAAGGGAAAUCUUAAACCGUUGCACAUACAAAUGAACCCUAAAAAACUAGAUGAGUUUAUAAAAACGCUACAGUUAUCAAUCAGUAAUGAAGCAACAAAUAAAAAAUAAUGAUUUCAAGCAAAAAUAAACGAAAGUAUUCAUAUUGAAAAAAGCAAAUGAUUGGACGAAAUUGGAAAUAACCUGGUUGUCGCGAUGUAUUUCGAGAAUACAUUUCAAAUAGUGACGUCUUUUAUGUUUAGAUACCAAAUGGGUUUACUUUAGUAACUCCAUUAAAGCCAACAUUUAUAGCUUUUAGUUAUUCAUUGAAUACGACUUUCGAUAUAAAAUUAAUGUAUUUAUAUAAGAGUAUAUGUAUCUUAA